AAAAUAUAAAUGAUUCUGGGAAAGUUCUUCCUCUCCAGAGAUGUUUUUGAGUUUGUAAAUAUAUAGAACAAAUAGGGUUUUUCACUUCUUACACUCCUUGUCCAAAUCAACAGAGCCAAAAGUAGAGUGCGGCCGUGUCUCGCUUCUUCCCGUCGUCUUCACGACCGCGGUUGUGACCGAGCCAGAGUUUGAACUUCUCCCUCCCUCUCUCGUUUGUUUGAACUUUGGAGGAAGAGGCGGCUCGUGGCCGCAGUUGCGCCUCUUUUGCUCUUCACAGCAGCGGCUCCUCCCGGCUUCUGAAGAUAUUUACGCUCUCCUUUGAGUUACAAUGGAAGGGCUGAAGGUAUCUGAUGCAAAUUUAAUAGUAUAUCUACAUCCUUCCAAGAGUAUGAAGGCUGUUCAGGCAAUCCUCCGUGAGCUUAGUGCUUUACUCUUCAAGUUCAGUGAAGCUUUUGAUGGUGUUCUUCUGGCUUAUGAUGUUAACAUUCUAGAUAAAUGUGCAAAAAUUCUUCCUGGAGUUCAUCCUUACUUUGGUGUGAGACUAAAAGCGAAGCUCUUACUUUUUUCGCCAAAGCCAGAUUUGUUAAUAGAAGGGAAAGUAGUGAAACUUACAGAAGAAUCCAUUCAUGUAAUAGUUCUUGGUUUCUCAUCUGCUAUCAUAUCUGAGGCUGAAUUCUGUAAGAAGUUUGAAUAUAAAAUUAAACAUGGCGAACAUCGAUUUGUUAGCAGAUCUCAGAAGCGUCAUGUGAUAAAGGUUGGAACCACGAUACGAUUUUUGAUCAAGAGUUUGGAUGAAGAAAUAAUGCAUAUAUAUGGGUCUUUGGUCCCGGAACAUACAGGAUGCGUACGGUGGUUGACAAAAAACUUGGAAGAUGUUUCACUAAAUGAGAGGUAUGCUAAGAAGAGAAGAUUUAGUGAGGGGGAGAUUGAAAUGCAGGAGCUUGACACUGUUAGUGAGGGAGUAUCUUCCUUGAGCAAUGCUCUACAAUCUAGAAAGUCAAAGAAGAAUAGAGCUGUUGGAAAUCAUUGACAACUGUUGAAUCUUUUCACCUAGGACAAUCUCUUGAUCAGGACGGUUCAAACUACGGUUGGCAGAAUUCAUAUGCAAAGGAGCAUGUACGGUGAAUCCAAUUUGAUUGGUCGAAAGAGGAUUUUGUGCGCAUCCCUUUUUCCUUUAUAUCAUUAAUUUUGCAUAAUUUGCAUAUUCAUUCCGUGUAUACUUAUCAUUAAAAAAGAGAUUGCUUAAGGUACUUGUUUGAUGUAUUCUUUUGGGAGGAAACUCUGAUAUUUUUAGUCAUAUUAUUGGCUAAUUUUCCUUAUAAUUUUUAAGGCUGCAAAUUGGAUAAAGGUCAUAAAAUGUAGCCUAGUAGAGAUAGAUGAGGUUUUUGGCCACUCUGUGACCUGAUAGAUCUGAAUCGAAGGGCACUGAAGCUUUCUGUCUUGUUUUUGUGUUUAUUGACUGGUUGUUGGCUA